AUGAACGGUCUCUCCGGACUUGAGUUGGAGGACAUGUACCAGUUCAUCUCCUCAAGUGGCACUAGAAGUCCGGAAAAAUGGCCUAACCAAGCUCUCGGUCCGAUCGACGCUGUAAACCCAAAGUACCCGUUGCCCGGUGCUGUUGGAAUUCGCCUUCUCGCGAAAGAAAUUAAAAAACAGCCCAAGGAGUAUGCUCCUGCGAUCCAUUCACUGCCCCCUUUGCGGGAAGAGAACUACGCCAGUGUCUUGGUCGACACCCACAAUGCCACAGAGCUCAGCGAUCCAAAUGCUACUUUGAUCCCUCGAAAGUCAGAAAACCUAGAAUGUUCAAUUCAUGCUCUACCCACUUUGAUCAAACAAGAUUUGGCUUCCAUUUUUCCUUCAAGGAAAUUCGACGCCGCACCUCUGACGGCGAUUGUUUUAAGUCAUCGCACCACCGAGGGUUUAGAUCAGUGGAGUGAUAUGGCCAUAUCAGAACGCGAGAGCCUCGCGGAGUCGUUUACUCAAUCAGCUAUCGAUAUCUGUGCAUCCCUGAAGGAACUUGGUUAUUGGGCUGACUUCGUCAAUCCUUUCUCUGGGUUACCGUAUCUCGGUCCUCACGGCGAAGACGCCUUAGUCGAGACGGAUGAACGAAUGAAGUAUUUCGGUUUCGAAUUGGAUGAUGCAUUUUGCUGCAAAGUCUUACGUCAUCCACGAUGGAAGCACUACGUAUUCGCCGGAUUGAUUUUCACUGACGCGCCGAGGGACCAUCCUGUGCUCUCUCAUUUUUGA